AUGCGGCCGUGGUGGGUCUGCGGGGCGCGCGGCCUUGGCGAGGCCUCUGACACGUCACCCGCGUCCACGUGGAGCCCCGCCUUGGUUAACGGCGGGCCCGUCGGCCCACUGCGGGCGCUGGUGGUUCGGCCGUCCCGGAGGGGCCGCCGCGGCGGGGGUGGCGAUGACGCGCGGCGGGCCGGGCGGCCGGCACCCGGCGGCGGAGGCGGCCAGGCCGUCGAGGGGGCGCCCUUCGCCCAGACCCCGAUGCGGCACCGCGCCCGAGGCCGGAGCCGCGUCGGGGACCCGCAGGCUGUGAGCCUGGCGCUCGACUUGGCCUCAGACGUCUUCGUCAUGCAGGUGCUGCUGGAGGAUUCCGGGGAGGUGUUCCGAGUGACAGGCUGCCGCAGCGACAUGACGGUGCGGGAGCUCAAGGAGGAGCUGGACCUAAUAGCCGGCAUCCCCUUCAGCCUCCAGCGGCUCCAGUAUCUGGACCAAGGAAUUUUGAUGGAUGACGCUACGCUGAGGUGCCACGAUGUUGUUCCUGGUGGGAUUAUUUCAUUAGGUAUCUGGCAUUAUGAUGGAUGGACGGAACUGGUUUUGGCGGCUGUGGAAGGGGAUUCCAGUAAGCUGUCUUGCCUCGGUGUUGCCGAAGAUGCUUUCCACCGAACAACAGAUUCGCAGCAUUUUGAUGACAAGCAGUGGAAGAAGUGGAUUUCUCAGAGAGCGUUCAUGGCGCUGUAUGUUGCCUCACACAGGGGUCGCUCGGAGGCUGUUCAGUACCUUCUAGAACACGGUGCCAACUGUCAGGGCAGAUCCCCCAUGGGCAGGACGCCCCUGCACGUGGCUGCAGCCAUGAGCCGGCUGGACUGUAUCAGCCUCCAGCUCAACUAUGAGGCCUCCAUCAAUGACAGAGAUACCAAGGGGGAGACGCCCAUGUCCCUUGCCUGCCGCCUGAACUGCGGCCAGAGCAGGCGGUGGAUGUUCCUCUUCUACUGGAUGGUGAAGCUGGGGACAAAGGACCCGAUGGACCCUGUCGUGAACAAGGCUUUUCAGAGAGUCAAGGCCGGGUUUGGAUCCAAGAAGGAGAACAAAACGUAG